AUUGCGCAGUCGGUUAUUUGGUUCCACCUCCACCGGUAAAGUUCAUCAAGCAAAAAUUACGAUAAGACAUCAUUUUAUCAUAAAUCCAUGGCGUCUUCUCAACUUUUAGGAGCCUUAAGAACAAUAGGCAAAACCAACCAUUUGUCUAAAUUGGGCUGGCCGAACCUCUACUAUUCCAGAGCAUUUUCAGUAUCUUCAAGUCAGUCAAAGUACUUGACCUACAGGGUUGAAGAUGGUGUAGCUGUUAUUACUUUUGAUACACCAAAUUCAAAGGUUAACACCCUAUCAUUUGAAAAUUCUGAAGAAUUUAAGCAAAUUUUGGAAAAAUUUAAGAAUGACAACACUGCCAAAGCAGGUGUCCUUAUAUCUGGUAAACCCGAUUGUUUCAUCGCCGGAGCCGAUAUUAAUAUGCUACAAGCAUGCAAAACAACGGAAGAUGUUGAAAAAGUCUCUACAGAGAGUAAAGAUAUGUUGAUGGACGUAGAAAAGAGCAGCAAACCCAUUGUCGCCGCUAUUAUGGGUCAAUGUUUAGGAGGAGGUUUAGAGGUUGCCAUGUCUUGUCAUUACCGAAUUGCUGUUAAAGAUAAGAAAACAACUCUAGCCUUACCUGAAGUUAUGUUAGGCAUUCUACCAGGUGCUGGUGGAACCCAAAGACUCCAGAAAUUGGUAUCUCUACCAAAUGCACUUGAUAUGAUGCUUACCGGAAAGAACAUUCGUCCUGACAAAGCAAAGAAGAUGGGUUUAGUUAACCAAACUAUUGAACCCCUUGGCCCAGGUGUUGACGAGCCCAAAGUAAAUACUAGAAACUACCUUGAACAAGUAGCAAUCCAAACUGCCAAAGGCUUGGCUAAUGGAUCUAUCAAAGUUGCUCCCAGAAAGAAGAGUAUGGUCGAUAAAGUUACUGAACGUCUUGUUUCUUACGACUUUGGGAGAAACUAUGUUCUUAAACAAGCCAGAGAUAAAAUCAUGAAAUUAACAUUCGGAAACUAUCCUGCUCCUUUAAAAAUAUUAGAAGUUAUUGAUGAAUCUUUGAAACACGGUUACGAUCAAGGUUAUAAGGCUGAAACGAAAAAAUUUGGUGAAUUAGGAACUACUAAGGAAUCUAACGCUUUAAUGGGUUUGUUUCACGGACAAACUCAUUGUAAAAAGAACAGAUUUGGUACACCUCCUCCCUUAAAGAAGAUUGGUGUUUUAGGUGCCGGUCUUAUGGGUGCUGGUAUUGCUCAAGUUACAAUGGAUAAGGGUUAUUCUACAAUUUUGAAGGAUGUCUCUGAAGCUGGAGUUGCUAGAGGUCUCAAUCAAAUUGAAUCUAACUUUAAUCAAAAAGUUAAGAGAAAGAGAAUGACAAGCUUCGAACGUGAUCAACUUUUGGGUCAAUUGGACACUAGCUUGGAUUAUAGCAGUUUCAAAGAUGCCGAUAUGGUUAUUGAAGCCGUUUUCGAGGAUUUAGGUAUCAAGCACAAAGUUAUUAAAGAAGUUGAAGCUGUUGUACCAGAGAGAUGUGUAUUCGCAACAAACACAUCAGCUCUACCAAUCGAACAAAUUGCCAAAGGAAGUAGCCGACCAGAAAAAGUUAUUGGAAUGCAUUACUUUUCACCUGUAGACAAAAUGCAACUUUUGGAAAUCAUUACCCAUAAAGGAACAUCAAAGGAGACAACAUCAGCAGCUGUAGAACUCGGUCUUAAACAAGGAAAAACUGUUAUUACUGUGGGUGAUGGGCCAGGAUUCUACACAACCAGAAUUUUAUCUUUCAUGAUGGCUGAGUUACUGAGAUUAUUCCAAGAAGGUGUUAGACCAAAGCAAGUUGACAAACUUAGUAAGAAGUUCGGUUGGCCAGUUGGCGCUGCUACCUUAGUUGACGAAGUUGGCAUUGAUGUCGCUAGUCAUAUUGGUAGAUUCAUGAAGGACGAAUUUGGAGAUCGUUAUACAGAUGCCGAUGUCUCUUUUAUGGAUGACAUGGUUGACGGUGGUAAUUUGGGAAGAAAAUCUGGCAAGGGAGUUUAUUUAUAUCAAAAGGGAAGUAAGGAUAAACCAGAAAAUCCUGCUGCAAUUGAAAUAAUGGAAAAAACUAAAAUAGAGCCAAAGAUGGAGCUUACCGACGAAAAUAUCCAAUGGCGUUUGGCUAGCCGAUUUAUUAAUGAAGCCGUUCUUUGCUUACAAGAAGGAAUUUUGGCCUCACCAAUUGACGGAGAUGUUGGAGCCGUCUUUGGACUUGGUUUCCCUCCAUUUUUCGGAGGACCUUUCCGUUAUUUGGACAAUCACGGAGCCAAGCAACUAGUUGAAAGAAUGGAAAGAUUCCAAGCAGUUUAUGGAGAUGCAUUCAAACCUUGCGACUUACUCUACGAUCAUGCCAAGGAUUCUUCAAAGAGAUUCCGUUCAGAUUAG